AUGUCCAGGCAGGUGUUCUCUCAGGAGAAGCCAUGGUGGGGCGUGCCUGGAAACUUUCGGGAGUCAUUGGAGUUUGGCAUGGAAGAGGAAAUGGAGGAGCGUAUCUUUGGGACAGGCCUUUCAGACAGGCUCGCUUGCCGAAUCGAAGAGCACAGCUGCACCCUUAUUCAUCUAAGAGAGUGGUUCUCAGCCUCAGGUCAGACUCGUGUGAUCACACAGUUCUUUAGUGUCCUACUUGGUCACAAGGGGUCCCCUGUGCUGUAG